UAAAACAGAAAAACAGAACUAUACGGCCUUUCUCAUAAUUAACCAAACAAAGAUAUUACAUGAAGGAAACUAUGAUUUAACAUAUGUAGCUGAAGACGAUAUGGAUGUACUGACUAUAUCUCUAGAGGUGUUUGCACCAUAUACAAGUCCUCAAGUCAUGAUACAGAAGGACACUCUUAUUUGUACAACGUCUGGAGGUUACCCAGAGGAGAAGCUCUAUUGGAUUUCUAAAGCUGGCACUAAAUUGACCCUUAAGUCAACAUCUGAGUCUGUGAAAAAUGAGGAUGGGUCAUUCAAUCUGAGCAACAUCCUUCAACUGGAAUUUCCUCCCUCUGAAACUGAAUAUUGCUGUACUUUCAACAACACAAGAGUUCCCAGCAGACAACCAGCCCCAACAUGUAUGGCACGUAGAAAUGUUAUAAACUCCACGAUUACAGAAGUAAACUCCACGAUUACAGCAGCAGUAAAGACCACACUGGAAACAACUACGAUAAUAGUCAUCCUGGUGGUUUUUAUUUUAUUGGCUUUCUGUUUAUUGGCUGCAUUUUGCUACAGAAAAAGAAAGAAAAAUGCAUCUUCUGCAAGAGGAAUUUCCAUUUUAGUUGGGAGAAAAGACUUGCUUAUUCAUCUUAAUAAAAGUCAUAGUCUUCAGGCAUUGGACGAGAUUUAAUUCUGUUUGCUUUGAGUAUUUUAAACUCUGCAUAAUCUUCCAAUUCAGCAUCAGAUAAGUAAUGUGAAGCUUACAUUGGAGAAGUCAGAAGCUCUUGAAUUCAUGUCUUUUUCUGAAAACUGGACAAACAAGACCUACAGAUAUAAAAAAAACAACGAAGAGGUUGAAUUUUUUAAUUGAAGAAUUGUUGCAAUUGCUAUCAACAGGAUUCUGAUUAAAAAUAUGGACUGCAAGAAUUAAAUGCCAUUAUCAUAAACUAUUUUGAAAAACCUGGCACCAGUUUUCUGAGUAGAUCCUUCCAGUUUGGUCUACCAAGUAUAGGCUGCAAAAAACGAGACACCACUAGAGGACAGUAAAAUUAUUUUUAUGUCUGGACAUUUGGUAGCUUGACAGUCUGUCAUACUGAACACUCUUGAUAUAGAGACACUGAAUGCUGUUGGUUAUUUAGAACUUUAUUAUGUAGCAUCAUGUUGGUGCAAGAAGAAAUGAUCUUGGAUACAAGGAUGAUUAGAUGUUCUGAAUGUGUGACGCAUUUAAUAAUAAAAAAUGUAAGAUAUAAAUUAGGAUGAGAAAGAUAUUGUGAAAUAUGCAUUGAGGGGGGGAAAGGCAGUUGCAAACAAUGCAGUAAGAAAGCAGGAGACAAUAACAUCGUAAGUGGCCCAGAAAAUGAGUAAUUUUGAGGGAAAUAAAUUGUUUUUGAUGAGGAGGGCCUCCAUGAAAGCUCAUGGAAUUAAAAAUGUUGAAACACUGUGGGCUAAAGCUGAAGUGAAUGCUGGAAAAAUUAUUUUAAACAAAAAUAUGGACCAAUAUCUCAAACUGAAACAAAUGGAUGAAAAUGAAAUUGUAACUGUUGUACAAUGAUAAGGCUGUAGAGUAGAUGGCCUAAGCUGGAAUUUGUUU